UGUAUAUCGUGCGAGAACGAUAGUCGAAGAUAAACGUGAAACGUGAAGUAUUCGUUGCAGACGGCGAAUGUGUCAGAGCGUCACUCUCGUGCGGUUGCUCAUUUUUUCUCAUUUUUUCCCCAUAAGUGUUGAAAUUUUAAACGUGUAUCCCGUGUAAUUUUUAUUAAGAGGAAGAUGUAUUCUUCUAACGAUCGAAAUUCAAUUUCGGCGCAGACUACCGACAAAAAGGAUCUUAAGAAAGACGAUAAAAAAGAAGACGAAGAAGUAGAGAAGAAGGACGGUGUUUACAAUUUGUGUCAUCAACGUUUGAACGAAUUCGACGAAAGAAAGGACGAGGAACGACGGGAGUGCGUUAAUGAGAGAGAAGAUUCGAGGGCUUCCAAGAUGCCGGAACUCAAGGACGAGCUAAUCGAGCACGACGACGAGAUCGUUAACCUCGAUCUCGACGAACCACCCCCUGAAGUUAUGGAGUAUGCUAGGAGAGAAGUCGGCGAGACGGACGAGGUCAAAUGUCAGACCUUGCAGGAAUUACGCGACUUGAUUUACGAACGAGGCGAAUGCAUACCUCAUAGAAUGGAUGAUGACUUUCUGAUAAGAUUUCUCCGUGCAAGACAUUUCGACGUAAAUCGUGCUCAUCGACUGGUAGUGAACUACUACAACUUCAAGGAAGAACAUCCAGAGAUACAUCAGGAUGUAUGUCCAAACGAGAUGUGCCAUAUAGGCGAAGACUACGUAGUUACUGUGCCGGCUUACAGAACUGAAUGUGGCAGACGGAUGAUGAUUUAUCGUAUAGGUAAUUGGGAUCCUCGAAAGUACCCUGUCGAAGAGAUUUUCAAGGCCACAGUUAUUAUACUCGAACUAGGCAUUCUCGAGCCAAGAGCUCAGAUCUUAGGUGGCAUCGUCGUUUUUGAUCUCAAGGGUAUUACUAUGUCGCACGUUUGGACGGUAACACCGCAGAUUGCUAACAUGGUCAUGGCUCUGAUGGUAACGGCCUUUCCCAUAAAAACCUACGCGAUUCAUAUACUUCAUCAAUCCUGGAUAUUCGAAGCGAUUUAUGCAGUUUUCAAGCCACUCUUAAAUACUCGCAUGAAGAACAGAAUCUUCUUUCAUGGCGACGACAUGCAGAGCUUCCAUAAACACAUCUCGCCUAAUUGCUUGCCCAAGAUGUACGGUGGAACUCGCGAAGAAAUGCCUUAUUACAAGUGGAUCGAGUCAUUGAUAAAAGUUCCGAAGAUUGUUAAAGAGAUGGAACAGCUAGGAUACGUAAUACCGAAUGAUUUUCAGAUACCGAAGAGCUGAGGAUUGAAUUCAAAGGCAUUUUACGAUUCCGCAGUAUCAUUAUUCUCAUUAAUCUUUCCUCUUUAUUUUCACAUUAUAAUCGUUGUAUCAUUACUCAAUUUACGUGAUAACUCUUCAAUAAUAUUUGCUAUUAAAGCACAUGAUAUGAA